UAUUUCAUCAAUUUCAGGUGAUUUUGCUUAUGGAGUGAUAUUUUAUUUCUAAUAUAACUAUAUAUUUGUGUCUCUCAAGUGAACUAUAAUCAUGAAAACUGUUGAAUCAAAGUCGCGGGGGAAAGAGCGGGACAAAAAGCCUCGCCCAGAAAACGACUCCGUUAAUUCUCCGGCAGUGAGAGAAAUGAAGAAGGUGAAGAGAGACGAGCCCCCCGCGUCAAAUGAUCACCUUUCACCACCCAAGAAGAGGGCCUUGGAUGGUGGCAUGUCUCCAAAGAAGCAGUCCCCUGGCGAUUUCUACCAUGAAGUAAUCACAAAGGAAGAAAAUGAAGCAGAAGUACUCUCUGGAGGUGAUGCCAAGACUUUACAUCAGGAGACCUGUGCAGACAUCCUCUCCACCCUCAAGGAGGCUCUGGACCUUAAGUUGAAACCUGAUAAGGAUUCAAAGGACAAGGCAGCACUGGAUGGGUGUCGAAAGCGGAUCGUGAUGGGCUCCACCUUCCUUAAGAAGCUAAACCGACUGGAGAAGUACCACGUGAAGCUGUCCCGCAACCAGACCCUGGAUGCCAAGAAGCAGGUUGAUGGACUUCAUCUCCAGCUGCAAAAUCUUCUCUAUGAACUCCAGCACUUGCAAAAGGAGGUCCAGAAGUGCCUCAACUUCAGGUCCCAAGAUGAAGCGAUUGACUUAGUGCCCGAGGAUGAGUUCUUCAAGGAAGCACCAGCUGAGUUGUAUGAUGCCGUCUUGGGAAUGUGUGGGAAACGAUGUGAAGGGGGGAAUGUGUCGGGGAAAAGGAAGGAAGGGAAAGGGACGAAGUGUGUCUAUGUGCUACCCCAGGCAAAGAUCGGCUCAGACGCACACCUCCUUCGCCUGGCACGGCUCGGAUGGGAGCUGGAGGAGCGGAAGCGACUGGCUCGGGACUGCCAGCAGGUGAAGGCCGCCAAGGAGGUCCAGCUGAUGGAGAUCCAGCGCAAGCAGGCCACCCUCCGCAACCUGGAACCCAUGCUUGCUUCCAUCUUGCAGGCGUGCAAUCCACUUCUGGAAGCUUUCUCACUCCCCUCCGGCCACAUUCGGGAACUCCAGCACAAAGCGUAUUAUCUCCCCUCUCCCCUCUACAUCUUAUAUGUUCAGGCCUGUGCAUAUGUUGAUGCCUUUGACAAGAAGGUGGUAGCUGUGAUCCAUGGGAAUGAGGAGGAAGCCAAGACUUUAACCCAUUCCCACAACCAGCUGCGUGAUGACUCUGAUUCAGAGGCUGAGGGCGAGGAGACAAGGAAGAAGCGCCACAAGAAGCGAAGGAAUGAGGCAGAGCGGGACGAGGAGAGGAGGAAGCGAGCCCUGGCGCACCACCCUCUCAGUGUGAGCCUGAGCAUCGUCCUUCCCGAUGGUUCCACCAUCGUCCUGCAGUUCCGUUACGUGGACUACUUCAAUUUGGUCACAGUGAAGGUGACCCUCAAUAUCAGCCCUGAUUCGGCCCAAGCUGCCAAUAGCUCUAUCUCAGGAAACCUGUUGGAUCCAGAGAACAUCCUGUCGCACCUGUUCCCAGGAGAUUCGGGGGAGGAAUCCCCAAAUCCGACGACGCGACACCACCUGAAGGAGGUGAAGGUGGAGUCAUGGGCAGAAUUGGUGCCCCAAUUGGGCAUUCCCUACCACUGGGCCCAGAAGAUGGCUGGCCUGGACUUUCUACCUCUUUACGAUGUUCAUAGGGAUGAUAAUGUUGGCGGUGGGAGUCGAGGAACGUUGGUGAAGGCUAAUCCGGAAGUGAGUGCCCGAUGCAUCAAGGAUGUCAUUGAUGCCAUCCGGGAGAGAGUUGCCUCUCGUGUUGCCUUGCAGAAGCAGAUUGUACAAAUUGAGUCCCUCCAUGUGAGUGUGAGCAACGGACGUGAGGCAGUGUAUUCUGGGAAGAUUGGGAGCAAGCUGUCAUCAUGGAAGAGCAUCAGUUGGGGGGAGUACAGCUCAGCCUCCACUGUGAUCCCCAUCGUCAGGGAGGAGCUCGUUUCCCCGCACUCCCGAUUCUACCGUGCCCUUCUCGAGCGAGGAUCUGCAGCUCGCAUUGUGGCACUGAUUGCUGUGGAUCCAGACUAUCCACGCAAGAUCCCCCUCUUCAGCCUCAGCCUGAAAUGGAGAGGAGAACGAACAGCCAAGAACGAUGAGAAUGUCCGGAAUCGUAUGUACUCGAUGGGACAGGAACUGGAGCGGGAGUUGAACGUCCACCUCGACGGUGUCGGGCGGAAGGAGGAGAUCCUCAGCCUCCAGCUGCACCGCCUCCUUCUCGGAAUGGACGUCUACCUGGAGUCCACCUGCCUCGGCGACAAUCCGGCCGAGUUUCCCAAGGAGAAACUCUUUUUUGCACAAGCCAGGGGACGCAAUCAAGUGAAGCCACUGCACUACCUGACCGAGUUGGAUGUGUUCGUCCAACGCUGAUGUUAUUUCUGUUGUAUCGUUUAUACCGUCUCGUCCGCGGGGGAGAGACGAGGUACCGACAAACUGCAUAAUCUAGAAGAGUGAUCAGAUGUGACCCAUGUUGAGGAAUAAAUGGGAAAUUCUUUUGUCCUUGUAACAUCUCA